UCAGCUUCCCUUCAUCCGGCAGUCAGCGAGGACAGAGUGAGGGCGUAGGGGCAGAGAGACAGGGAUGGAGAAAGAGUGACAGAAAGAGGAGGAAGUGUGAGAGAGAGAGAUAGAGAGACAAACCAGGCCGAUAGACAAAGAGGGAGAGGCUGUCAUAAGAAUCACACAGCUCCUUUUUCACAGUAGCAGCUCAGUUGAUCUGUCUGCUGCCUCCCGAUGCAGACGAACGCUGAAGGGGAUGACGGGUGGUGUGUUACGGAAGCAUAGCUAUCUGAGUGAUGGUUGCGGCCGCAGUGGCAUCACAAUCCGAAGCAGGAGCUCUUCUUGCCACUCUGGCUCUUAGUCAUCUUCAGCCUCCUCUCUCCUUUCUCAGAGUGCUAUCAGGGCCAUUCAUCGUUCCCAUCUCAUGCCUCCUGCCUCCUCCUCCUCCUCUUCCUCCUCCUCCACAGCUUCAUCCUCCACUUCUACUCCUCCUCUGAUGAGCCACAGCCUCAGAGUGAAAUAACCCUGCUGAUAGAAGCUUCUCCCUCUGUCAAGACAGUAAGUACGGGAGGGGGGGGGGAGAACUCCGCGUGUGUAAGGGAGAGAGGGAGUGUGUCUGUGUGCGUAAGACAGAGAGGAAAAGAGAGGGAGUGAGAACGCGAAGGAGGAGAGAAGAGAAGAUGUUGGUGUGUGCGACAGAGGGACUUCUAAAGAACCAGCAGGUUGUGUGUAGCUUCAGUGAUUCUGCUGUGCCUGGACAGUAAGCUCUGGGCAUAGCAACAGCAAAGUGAUGCACAGAAAAGGUGCCAUGUGUGAUUGGCCAGCAUACCCUGUGGCAGUGGCAUCGCCCUGGAUUUGGCGAGAAGCUCUCCCCCCUGCUUGUUCUCUGGGGCUCCUUUGGGAAGCUUUCAUGGGAUUUAUCUUGUCCUGCUGGAUGGCACGAAGCUCUCUGCCUCUCUGAAAAGAGUCCACAGAGAAAACAUACAUUACACGGAUAAGAAGUAAAAUAAUUAUCCAAUCACAGCACAAGCAGGGAGACUGGGUUCCCUUAGCAACAACUGAAGGAGACGAGAGAAUCCUUUUCUCUUUCUGCUCCUUUGGUUUUUGGGCACACCCCUGUGGACUGCUGUGGGUCAUUCUUUUGCGAGAGGACUUCAAAAGCAUUUUUACAUAAGACAAGCUAUCGCCCAAGUUCCAGAGGAAGGUGCUCAUUUGCCUUCAAGUCAGCUUGUUACUGUGUCUCAUUGGCACAAUGAGCCUUUUGUUAUGCCUCCACAAAUUCGUAUCACAAGUCACAUUGCACUGGCUUAGAAAUCAAUUCAUUCUGAUCCCACACCACCUGGAAUGAGCCCUGCAUUUCGGGGGAGAUUUAACACUCUGAAAAGACCCACUCCUACAUUUCUCUCUGUCAUGGACAAGAAAUGAAGGACAACAUGAUUAGGUCAUCAUCUGCAAAGAAAAUGGAUGUGAAGCAGAGAUUAUUUUGAUGUGAGUUUCUACUGAGAGUCUUGUUCUUUUUUUCUUGGAGGAGGUAACACCACACUUGAGAGAGGAAUAUUCCCUUUUUAAACAGGAGCUGUCCUUUCUGUCUUUUAAACAGUAGCUCUCACUCAUGGACUAUAUUUAGAAGGCAAAUCUUGGCCCGCCACCAAUAAAAUAGAACACGAUCAUUUUGAAAAUUGAACUAGUGCUGGGAGUUUUAUUUUUUUAUCCGAAAAGGUUGUCAUGAACCCUUUUUCUGUUUUCACUUUUGUAUGUUAGCCAGCCAUCAUGCCACUGUGUUUCACACAUAAAAAAGAGUGUUCAGGUCAAGUGGAAGAAAGAGAAAGUCGUUUCCCUGUAUAGACAGGCAUUUUAAAUAGCAUCUCCUUGGGAACAAUUUCAAAUAUAUACACUGACACAUGAAAUGAGUUGGCUCAAAGUGAUUAUGUAAGAGUUUCAUAGCAGCUUUAGCCCGUGAAUUUUUCCUCUUCUUUUUCGAUGGAUUUACAGCAUUUGACUUUUCCCAUGCUCCUAUUCUCUUCAUUUUUGGAAGUGUCUACCAGAAGGCAUGGAUGCCAGAGUGUGACCCUGUGCCGAGAGUGCUGGCGAGGCAAGGUGUUUUGGCUGCCGAGGUGCUUUUAAGAUGUUGAGGUCUCCCUGCGUGGCCGGGGCCCCUGUUCGGAUCAGUAGCACUGAGGCUCCUUGUAGCCAAAGACAUGGACCCCGACUCGGCUCCCCCACGCCCUCAGCCUGUUGGCCACUGGCUCCACGUCACCCUGUAAAGGAUGUCCCUCAGCAGAGCUCCGGCCCGGGACACCUCUGAGACCCCCAGCCCGAGAGAACGCAUCCGCAGCCACAUGAAGAUGGUGAUUGACCAGCUGGAAGGAAUUCUCAAAGAGCUCAAGGAUGUGGCCAAGGAACUCCGGGAGGUGGUGGGUCAAAUCGAUAAACUAACGUCUGACUUUGACUUUGACCUGGAGCCAGAUGACUGGACCGUGGCCACAGCCAGCAGCACGUCCAGCAGUGAGCGGGGCUUGGGAGAGGCCUUCAGAUUGGACUUCCUCAAUGCAGAUGUCCUUUCUGACAGCUGGGAGUUCUGCAGUUACCUGGAGGCUGCUGGUGCAGCUGCCCGCAGGUCUAGCGGACAACCAGGAGAUCCACAACAGGAGCUGGGCCAUGGGACCAUCCUCACCCAAACGCAGACCCCCACCCCACCCCCCACCACUGCCUCUGUCUACUCUCAGAUGAAUGGUGGGCUGCCUAUCCCUAAUGGGCCACGCAUUAUUACUCCAGAUUCAUCCAGUGAGGAGGCCAGCAGCUCCACGCACAGCCACAAGACUUCCCGUACCUCUGGCACAAGAGAAAGAGUCCGCUUCAGUGACAAAAUUCUGUACCAUGCAUUGUGCUGUGACGAUGAUGAAGAGGAGGAGCAAGAGGAGUUACAAGAGGAUAAGAGUGGCUGUGCUACACCAGAUAGCGAUACUGAGCCCAGCCUCCUGCCCAGCUCGGUUGCCCCCAAACGUUCAUCCUCUGAGCACUCACUCCUCCAUAACUGUCUGGACCCUUCUUAUGUCUCCUCACCUGUGAAGGGGACAACAGCAGCUCACACACUACCCAGGAAAGGCCUCUUGAACCCUGGCUGCCGCAAAAAACUGUUACGAAAUAGCAGCACACAAACUGUCUCUGACAAGAGCACCCAAACUGUACUGCCCUAUAUUCCAACCAAACAGAAAACAAAGGACCACUGAGAAAGCCCGAAGUUUAUCAUAAAUCUCAUGAAGGACUGUGCAUUAUUUAAUAUUAAAUACAUAGCUCAUAGAUUAAUACACAAAUAAAUUAAUUACUAAAUAAAUAAAUGAUAUAUGGGAAA